UGCACUGAAAGAAGUCUCUCACCCGCGUCCGCUAUUAUAACGCCGAGGACUCGCUUGUGGAUAUACCUAGGAUUCUAGCUCAGGUGUUUGGAUUUUGGGACAUUCUUCCGGUCAUGAAUCGGGUUUCUUUGCCCGCCGCUGCUCUUUUGCUACUUGCAUUCACGCAGGUUUUAGUGUCUGUGGCUGUGGUGGAGGCACGUCGCUCUGAUGGGCUAAGGAGACACAAGAGGGAAUGGAUCAUCCCACCACAGAAACUAGAAGAAAAUGUAGACUACACCAAGAAAGAGUUUAUCGCCAAGAUCCGGUCAGAUUCAGAUGAUGGGACUGGUAAUGUGCAGUACUCUCUAAAUGGGGUGGGAGCUUCUAAAUACCCCUUACACCUGUUCACAGUGAACCCUGACACCGGCUUUGUACGCAUCAGUGGUAUCCUGAACCGGGAGAUUAUCGCCAUGUACAAUUUGACAGGCACCGCUAAGUUCACUGAUGGCAGUGAAGCAGAGAAGAACAUUGAUUUGAGGAUCCAAGUUGUGGAUCAAAAUGACAACCCUCCUGUGUUCGGUGAUAUUAAACCAGGAGAGGUGUUCGAGCUCAGCCCAACAGACACUUUCGUCAUGAAGGUGGCUGCGACAGACGCUGACGAACCAGGGAAUGAGAACUCUCAGAUUGCCUACACCUUAAUUAAUCAGAAGCCUCCAGGAGACAGCAUGUUCUACAUCACCAGAGAAGGAGACCUCAGAGUAAAACGGCCCACACUGGACAGAGAGGUGCAGGACUGGUACACGCUGACAGUGAAAGGUACAGAUCUGAACGGUAGACCAGAGGGCAACACCGGCACCGGAACCUUUAGAGUCAACAUCAAGGAUGUGAACGACAACCCUCCCACUCUGGAGAAAGAUGAGUAUGAGGGCAGUAUUGAGGAGAACACAGAGAACGUGGAGGUGAUGAGGUUCAAGGUGGAGGACAGGGACUUGGAGAACACUCCUAACUGGGUGUCUCAGUUUGAAAUCGUCAAGGGCAACGAGGCUGGCUACUUCAGCAUUGAGACAGACCCCAAGACAAACGAGGGAGUUCUGAUGCUCAGGAAGGGUGUAGACUAUGAAGACGUCAAAAACCUUGAGCUGGGAAUAGCCGUAGCUAACCAGGCUCCACCCUAUAAUGGUGGAGGAGGAGGAGGAGGGGGUGGAGGAGGAUGGGCUGCAGGAGGAGGAGGAGGAGGAGGAGGAGGAGGAGGAGGAGGAGGAGGAGGAGGAGGAGGAGGAGCAGGAGCAGGAGCAGGUGGAGGAGGUGGAGGAUUGUGGUCUGGUGGUGGAGGUUCUACAUGGAAGACCUACCCAGUGAAGAUCGCUGUGAAGAACCAGCCAGAGGGGCCACGCUUCGACCCCAAGGUCAAGGCUAUCCCCAUCUCAGAGGGAGGAGACUUCAAGAUCAACACGGUGAUCGGCUCCUACCCUGCCAUCGACGGAGACACACGGAUGCCUGCACAGAACGUCAGGUAUGCUAAGGGCUCUGACCCAGACAACUGGCUGACCAUUGAUGAGUUGACUGGCGAUAUUAAACUCAAUAAGAUGCCUGACAGAGAGUCCAAGUUCCUGGUCAACGGGACAUACUACGCCAAGAUUCUCUGCAUGACCCAAGACAUGCCCUCUAAGACAGCCACGGGUACGGUAGCCAUCCAGGUGGAGGACUUUAACGACCACUGCCCCACGCUGACCAGUAAUGUUCAGACCAUGUGUAUGACAGCCAAUGCUGUUACCGUGACCGCAGUGGACAAGGAUGCGUUCCCCAACGGUGCCCCCUUCACCUUCACCAUCAUCCCAGAGGGAACAGAGGGAGUGUGGGUGGUCGAGCAUCUAAACGACACCUCGACCAUCCUGAGGUCCCAAGAUUUGUGGCCGGGCUCCUACGCAGUUGCCAUGGAGAUCCGCGACCAGCAGGGGCACGCGUGUCCCGACCUGCAGAAGCUAAAGGUAGAUGUCUGCACGUGUACAGACAUUGGGAAGGCGUGCGCCACACGAGGAGAUAAGGGCUCUACCGGGGCAGUGCUAGGGCCUGCAGCACUCGGACUGCUCUUCCUGGGUCUGCUGAUGCUACUGCUGAUCCCUCUCCUGCUGUUGUUCUGUAAGUGUGGGGGUGCCGGAGGUCUUCCAGGGGGCUUCACUGAGAUGCCCUUUGACGCCAAGGCACAACUCAUCUCCUACCACACUGAGGGACAGGGGGAGAACACGGAAGUGCCUCUGCUGAACGCACCAGUUCAGGUCGACACAGGAAGGGUCAAAAUGGCCACCGCGGGAACCAUAGCAGCAACGGCCGGAGGGGCGGGGCUUAUGAUGGUUGGUGGUCAGUUCCAGAACUCCUCCUCCACGAUGGGGGGGGGAUUCUACCACUCAGACGGCCGUAUGGAGCUGGGAUAUAUGAAUGGAGGAGAGAUGAUUGGCCAGGAGCAAGGAGGGGCCUUUUACUCUGAGUAUGAGAGCAGAGAGGGAGGAGGAGCCUAUGAAGGCAUCGCCCUGCCUGAUCACUACCUGGAGGAGUACUACUCUCAGAAAGCUCACUGUGCAGCUGAGAACCACGUCCAGAAGGACAGUAUGUUGGUGUAUGACUAUGAGGGUCAGGGCUCUCCUGUGGGCUCGGUGGGAUGCUGCAGCCUCCUGGAAUCUGACAAUGACCUCCAGUUCCUCAAUGACCUGGGGCCAAAGUUCAAGACCCUGGCCGAGGUGUGCCGCGGGGAGAGGUUCCAAACCGAAGUCUCCGCCCCUCCGCCACCCAGACCCGUCAUCUCCAUGCCAACAGCAGCCAGCAGUGUGACGACCAAUGUGGCGUCCAGAGUGGUUUCCGCCGCCCCGGUCCCAGCCCCAGCACCGCCCCCUGCCCCGGCCCAGGUGACACACAUAGAGAGGGCUGUGGUGAGGGAGUCAGAUCGUUCAGAUCGGUCGGCUACUCUGAGGCAGGACAUAGUGGGAGGAAGCCAGGGCCAGACCUUCCUACUGCAGCAGCAGCCUAUGUACUACACCACCAUGCAGCCUAUGAUGCAGCCCAAGAUGCAGCAGAUGCACUAUGUAGUGGAGCAACAGGUUCCCAACAUGCAGGGCAUGAUAGUGGUCAACGGGCCUCCGUCAGGCUCGGCCCAGGGCCUGGUGCUGCAGGCGCAGCAGGUGGUGACCGGUACCCAGGCUCAGGGCACCCUUGGCAGGGGAGAGGGAGGCAUGGUGGUGUUGGAGAGGAGUGGGGCUGGAGGCCACGGAGGGUUGGAGGGAGGCCUGAUCCAUAUAGGGAACAUGUCUGGUUCUCAGGGUAUGAUGGUGGUGGAUGGUCCGGUGAUGCAGGGGGGGCAGAUGCUGCAAGGUGGGCAAAUGCUGCAGGGGGGGGGCAAGUUUUUCAGGGAGGGCAAGUUCUUCAGGGGGGGCAGUUGGUACAAGGGGGUCGUCCUUCAGGGGGGUCAGGCCUGGCUGCAACAGGGGGGCUCCCUGCAGCGAGGGGGCUUAUCAGGGUCACAGAGCAUGCUGGUGAUUGAGGGACAGGGGGGUAGCAGCAGAGGUAGUGGGUUGCAGAAAGUCCAGGGAGGGGUGUCAGGGUUCUCCCAGGGGUCCAAGCAGAGGAGCGGCCUCUCUGGCUCACACAGAGUCCUCUACACCACAGAGCAGAGCUCAGCCGCAGAGUCCAGCGCAGGCUCACAGAGCGGCAUUGUGGGAUUGAAUGGGUCCUCCAGCAGUGUCAGUAAAAGCCCCGCCUCCUCCACCCGCAAGGUGGUGAUAGAGAAGAGAGUUGUGACCAAUCAGAGCAGCAGUAAAUAAGGUCUUGACCAAUAAUGUAAUACUUGUAUAAACACAAGACACAUCAAAUGCCACUGAAGCUAUUUAUUGAUGGAAAUGUCACCACCUUGGAAGUUUUGAUUUCAAUUCAGUGGUCAAGACGGGUGUAUUUUUGAGUCCUUGAAAAGCAUAUCACUCUAAGAUGUUUAGUGGGUUUUAGAAUGAGAAAGUGUUCUAUUGUUGUUAAAAAAAAUUGGGCAGUAGGCAAGUGUAAGUAUGCAGGUUCAGAAUAUUUUUUAUAGAAUGUAACCUUGUGUCUGCUUGCACAGCGAAUUCUAUCAGCCAGGCCUAUAAAACAUCCCACCUUAGUUCAACUGGGCAUUGUGUGCACGUGUGUUUGCACGUGAAUGUGAUUCAGCUUCUGCUACUUUUUCAGGUGUGGAAAAACACUGAUCCAUCUGAAAUAAUGAACUGUUUGAUUCCCUCUGAAAUAAUGAACUGUUUGAUUGUGUUAAAACACAAUAUGGUACCUUUAUUUGACUUUCUAAACCUCUGGGGAACAAUGGUUCUUCUUCUUUUUAGCUGUUAAGUAAAUUGGGUAAAUCUUGGUCGACCGAAAGGCGUCUGUUCUUUCGACCAAUACAUUGGUCAAAAUUUGUAAACGUUUAUUUUUCCAUAUAUAGACACAACCUAUGUGUUUUAAUAAAAUCAACUAUAUAUGCAUUGA